UCUGUCCAAAAUGGCGGCCGCCGUGAAAGUAUCGAGUGUUUUUCGCAAAAGUCUUUUCAAGGGAAAAGUUGCUAUAGUAACGGGAGGUGGAACUGGUAUUGGAAAAGCAAUAACACAAGAACUUCUGCAUUUAGGAUGUAAGGUUAUGAUAGCUUCGAGGAACAUUGAGAGGAUACAGAAAGCUGCUGAAGAAAUGAGGUCUACAGUCGUCCCAAAUAAACCCACAAACCUAGCUCACAUGCAGUGUAACAUCAGGAAAGAAGAUAAUGUAAAAGACCUCAUCUCUAGUACCUUGAAGCAGUUCGGGAAAAUAGACUACGUGGUCAACAAUGGCGGUGGUCAGUUUCCAUCCCCGGCCAGCAAUAUAUCAGUGAAGGGCUGGAAUGCUGUCAUAGACACAAACCUCACAGGGACAUUCAUCGUGUGUAGGGAAGUGUACAACCAGUGGAUGGAACAGAAUGGUGGAGUAAUAGUUAACAUCAUAGCAGACAUGUGGAAGGGUUUCCCCACCAUGAGUCACACUGGAGCUGCCCGGGCUGGUGUGGACAACUUGACCAAGACUCUGGCUAUUGAGUGGGCACCAGAUGGAGUAAGGGUGAACUCUGUGGCACCGGGAAGUUUCAUUUACUCCGAGACUGCAGCAGCUAAUUACGGAGAUAGUAAGAUAUUUCAUCACAUGUUAGAUGUUGUACCUGUGAAGCGACUUGGGACUCCGGAGGAGGUGUCGUCAUGUGUGUGCUACUUGCUGUCACCUGCCGCCAGCCUCAUUUCCGGAGAAACCGUCAAAGUCGAUGGUGCCGCAAGUCUCCACAACACAAAGUAUGAGAUAAGGGAUCACAACAAACUGCCAGCAUUCACAUGGAAGGAUUUUAACCCUGAUGAUGAAGAUGAUGAUGGACCCAAAUCCAAACUUUAAAUGAUUCGGUUGGAAUCCAGUCGUGUUGUGAAUACCAUGUGUGUGAGUGGAGAUCGUGUGUGAUACUUGUGAAUGCUGAUUUUAAGGAUUAAUAUGUUAACCAGUUUUGAAUUGAUAAGAUUAAAGUUGUGUAAAUUUUGUUGAAUUUUAAUUGUGUUGAUAUACAAUGUAAAUUUAUUAAUAUAUGCGCAGACUAAAUUAUGUAAAAAUUUAAACAUGUAAGACUUAUUGUUAUAGUUUUCCAGAAUAUCAGUAAGGACAGAUGCAAUUUAGUGCAUACUUUGCUUUUUGUAUGGAUUUAAAGUACAACUGUAUUGACUUUUCACCUAAUAUAAACAUACAGUAAAACCUUGUUAUACUGCCAACAUUUGUCCAAAGAAAUUUUGAUGUUAUGGAAGGGUCUAGUAAUAGAUUGAGGGAAAUGUUUUAAAAGAAUUUUUAAGAAAACAAGCAAAAAAGGGCCAUUGAA